GUUCCCUGGACCCUACACGCUUUAGGGCAUCCACCCUAUGGUCAUACGGGCCCCGUCCGUUGUCCCCCUCUGCCCUGCCUCGUUUCUCCACCGUUCUGCUUCGUUCGGCUCUCCUGGCAGCCCUUUCCUAGCUUCAGCCCAACACCCGUGCGCCGCGGACGAUGGGCAGCGGGGUUUCCGCAGCCUCCCCCCACCUCUACGCCGUGUUCUCCUCUCCUCACGGUUGUCUGCACUCCAGGCGUCUUCCCGGACCAGCGGUGCGGUCCCGCCAAAGGAAGAGGAGCUCCGAGCAGCGGUGGAGGUUCUGAGGUGCCACGGUCUGCACUCAGUCUUGGAGGAGUGGUUUGUAGAGGUGCUGCAGAACGACCUGCAGGCCAACAUCUCUCCGGAGUUCUGGAAUGCCAUCCACCAACGCGAGAACGCUGCUGAUGAGCCCCAGUGCCUUCUGCUGCUCCUCGACGCUUUUGGCCUUCUGGAGAGCCGCCUGGAUCCCUACCUGCGUAGCCUGGAGCUUCUGGAGAAAUGGACUCGCCUGGGCCUAUUGAUGGGCACUGGUGCUCAGGGGCUUCGGGAAAAGGUCCACACCAUGUUGCGUGGAAUCCUGUUCUUUUCUACCCCCAGAACCUUCCAAGAGAUGAUCCAGCGCCUCUAUGGGCGUUUCUUGAGAGUCUACAUGCAGAGUAAGAGGAAGGGGGAGGGGGGCACAGACCCGGAACUGGAGGGGGAAUUGGACAGCCGGUAUGCCCGCCGCCGGUACUACCGCCUCCUGCAGAGUCCGCUGUGUGCUGGAUGCGGCAGUGACAAGCAGCUGUGCUGGUGUCGCCAGGCGCUGGAGCAGUUCCACCAGCUCAGCCAGGUCCUACACAGGCUCAGUCUGCUGGAACGGGUCAGUGCUGAGGCUGUGACCACUACGCUGCACCAGGUGACCCGGGAGAGGAUGGAGGACCGCUGCCGGGGCGAGUAUGAGCGUUCCUUUUUGCGUGAGUUCCACAAGUGGAUCGAGAGGGUGGUUGGCUGGCUCGGCAAGGUGUUCCUGCAGGACGGCCCCGCCAGGCCUGCGUCCCCUGAGGCUGGCAACACGUUGCGCCGUUGGCGCUGCCACGUGCAGAGGUUCUUCUACCGCAUCUAUGCCAGCCUGCGCAUCGAGGAGCUCUUCAGCAUCAUCCGAGACUUCCCGGACUCCCGGCCAGCCAUCGAGGACCUCAAGUACUGUCUGGAGAGGACUGACCAGAGGCAGCAGCUCCUUGUGUCCCUCAAGUCCGCCCUGGAGACUCGGCUCCUCCACCCAGGUGUCAACACGUGUGACAUCAUCACCCUCUACAUCUCUGCCAUCAAGGCCUUGCGAGUGCUAGACCCCUCCAUGGUCAUUCUGGAGGUGGCCUGUGAGCCCAUCCGCCGCUACCUAAGGACGCGGGAGGACACGGUGCGGCAGAUUGUGGCUGGGCUGACGGGGGACUCGGAUGGGACCGGGGACCUGGCCGUCGAGCUGUCCAAGACGGACCCGGCAAGCCUGGAGACCGGCCAGGACAGCGAGGACGACACGGGCGAGCCUGAGGACUGGGUGCCCGACCCUGUGGAUGCCGACCCAGGGAAGUCGAGCUCUAAGCGGCGUUCCUCGGACAUCAUCAGCCUGCUGGUCAGCAUCUACGGCAGCAAGGACCUCUUCAUCAACGAGUACCGCUCCCUGCUGGCCGACCGGCUCCUGCACCAGUUCAGCUUCAGCCCGGAGCGACACUUGUCUUCCAGGGAGAUCCGCAACGUGGAGCUGCUGAAGCUGCGCUUUGGGGAGGCCCCCAUGCACUUCUGCGAGGUCAUGCUGAAGGACAUGGCAGACUCCCGCCGCAUCAACGCCAACAUUCGCGAGGAGGACGAGAAGCGGCCUGCAGAGGAGCAGCCGCCGUUCGGGGUCUACGCCGUCAUCCUGUCCAGCGAGUUCUGGCCCCCCUUCAAGGACGAGAAGCUGGAAGUCCCUGAGGACAUCAGGGCCGCCCUGGACACUUACUGCAAGAAGUACGAGAAGCUGAAGGCCAUGCGGACCCUCAGCUGGAAGCACACGCUGGGCCUGGUGACCAUGGACGUGGAGCUGGCCGACCGCACCCUGUCCGUGGCAGUGACCCCCGUGCAGGCAGUGGUCUUGCUGUACUUUCAGGACCAAGUGUCCCUGGCCGCUCUGCACGCAGCCAGCUGGACCCUGGAGGAGCUGAGCAAGGUGGUGAAGAUGCCCGUGGCGCUGCUGCGGCGGCGCAUGUCCGUGUGGCUGCAGCAGGGCGUGCUGCGCGAGGAGCCUCCCGGCACCUUCUCCGUCAUCGAGGAGGAGCGGCCUCAGGACCGAGACAACAUGGUGCUCGUCGACAGUGACGAGGAGAGCGACUCAGGCAUGGCCUCCCAGGCCGACCAGAAGGAGGAGGAGCUGCUGCUCUUCUGGACGUACAUCCAGGCCAUGCUGACCAACCUGGAGAGCCUGUCGCUCGAGCGCAUCUACAGCAUGCUGCGCAUGUUCGUGAUGACGGGCCCCGCGCUGGCCGAGAUCGACCUGCACGAGCUCCAGGGCUUCCUGCAGAAGAAGGUGCGCGACCAGCAGCUCAUCUACUCGGCGGGCGUCUACCGCCUGCCCAAGAACUCCACCUGACGCUCCUGCCUGUGGGCGCUCUGGCUCCCCCUGCAAACCGCACCUGUGUGUCCCCUCGGUAGACAGCCCGAGGGCACCCCUUCCCUCCCCAGACCCUGCCCGGCCCCCAGAGUGUGCAGAAUAAAGCAGGUCAGUUCCUCC